UCCCAUUCAACGUACACACAAAACCCCCAAAGCAACAAUCUCUUUAAAAUGCCCUAAAUCUCACCAACACAUACUCCUCUCUGAUUCAACAAUGGCUUUUGGCAAUAUCCAAGAACUAGACGGCGAGAUCCUAAAGAACGUUUGGGCGAAUUACAUCGGAACACCACAAACCGAUACAAGAUCAAUUCAAGUUCCAGAAGUUUCUAGAACUUGGGAAGCGUUGCCUACCCUUGAUGACAUACCAGAAGGUUCUAGAGAAAUGCUUCAAAGCCUAGAUAUGUCGACGGAGGACCAGGAAUGGACAGAGAUUCUCGAUGCUAUUGCUUCUUUCCCAAACAAAACCAAUCAUGAUCCAUUAACCAACCCUACCAUUGAUUCAUGUUCUUUGUCUUCUCGGGUUUCUUGCAAAACAAGAAAAUACAGGGGAGUACGGAAGCGUCCGUGGGGGAAAUUUGCAGCCGAAAUCAGGGAUUCGACGAGAAACGGUGUUAGGGUUUGGCUCGGAACGUUCCAAACUGCAGAGGAAGCAGCUAUGGCUUACGAUAAAGCCGCGGUUAGAAUUAGAGGUACUCAAAAAGCUCACACAAAUUUUCAGCUCGAAACAGUUAUAAAAGCUAUGGAAAUGGAUUGCAACCCAAACUACUACCGGAUGAACAACUCAAAUACGUCCGAUCCAUUAAGAAGCAGCCGCAAAAUCGGAUUGAGAACAGGAAAAGAGGCGGUUAAGGCUUAUGAUGAAGUCGUUGAUGGGAUGGUUGAAAACCAUUGUGCCCUUAGCUAUUGUUCAACUAAGGAGCACUCGGAGACUCGUGGUUUGCGUGGGAGUGAAGAAACUUGGUUCGAUUUAAGAAAGAGACGAAGGAGUAAUGAAGAUUCUAUGUGUCAAGAAGUUGAAAUGCAGAAGACGGUUACUGGAGAAGAGACAGUAUGUGAUGUGUUUGGUUUGUUUGAGUUUGAGGAUUUGGGAAGUGAUUAUUUGGAGACGUUAUUAUCUUCUUUUUGACAGAAAUACAUUGAAAACU